ACAUUAUCUCGACCAGCGACCAAGGCGGUCAGUCCGUUGGUUCGCCGCAGUAGAAAUCGUCGGGCUUAACGGUUCGGUUCCGUGCGCGUUCCGUGAUUUGUAAUAGCUCCUUAAAAACACAUCCCCUCUAACUCGAUUCCCAAAAAUGCUGCAAAACAGUUUCAAACUGGCCCAGAGCCUUCGAAACGGCUUCUACAGAAACGCCUGGCGAGCGUUCAGCUCCCACGGACCCCGGCAGCCACUGGUUUCGCCGGAGCGGCGCUUGGAAAAGGCGCAUCCAACCUUCACGGAAAGGAGUCAGUUGAAGUACGCCCGGAGGCUGGUGGUCAAGUUGGGCAGUGCAGUCAUUACUCGAGAGGACAACCAUGGACUAGCCCUCGGCCGUCUGGCCUCUAUUGUGGAGCAGGUUGCCGAGUGCCAUUUGGAAGGACGUGAAGUGAUGAUGGUCACCAGCGGAGCGGUGGCCUUUGGAAAGCAGAAGCUCGCCCAGGAGCUGCUCAUGUCGCUGUCCAUGCGCGAGACACUAAACCCAAAAGAUAGCAAAGAGUUUGACGGCGCUACGCUGGAACCGCGAGCAGCGGCUGCGGUGGGUCAGUCGGGUCUGAUGUCCCUCUACGACGCGAUGUUUGCCCAGUACGGCGUCAAGAUAGCCCAGGUGCUCGUGACCAAGCCGGACUUUUACAACGAGGAAACACGCAACAAUCUCUUCUGCACGCUCUCCGAAUUAAUUAGCCUGAAUAUUGUGCCAAUCAUAAAUACUAACGACGCCGUCUCCCCGCCAAUGUUCAUACGUGACGACGAGCCAGCCGGCGGAGCCCGGAGGGGUAUUCCCAUUAAGGACAACGACAGCUUGUCUGCCAUGCUGGCCGCCGAGGUGCAGGCGGAUCUGCUAAUCCUCAUGUCGGACGUCGAUGGCAUCUACAAUAAGCCGCCGUGGGAGGACGGGGCCAAGCUGAUGCACACAUACACCAGCGACGACAGCAACAGCAUCGAGUUUGGCAAAAAGUCAAAGGUGGGUACUGGCGGCAUGGACUCCAAGGUGAAGGCAGCCACCUGGGCCCUGGACCGGGGCGUCAGCGUGGUCAUCUGCAACGGAAUGCAGGAGAAGGCCAUCAAAACCAUAAUUGGCGGCCGGAAGGUGGGCACCUUCUUCACGGAGGCCACCGAGAGCGCCAAUGCAGUGCCAGUCGAGGUGAUGGCCGAGAACGCGCGAACCGGGAGUCGCCAGAUGCAGGCCCUCACGCCCGCUCAGAGGGCCAGUGCUGUCAACACCCUGGCCGAUCUGUUGGUGAGCCGCGAGAAGUUUAUCCUGGACGCCAAUGCCAAGGACCUGGCCGAGGCGCAGAAGAGCGGACUGGCCAAGCCGUUGCUGUCGCGGCUCUCGCUCAACCCGGCCAAGCUAAAGAACCUCUCCGUUGGCCUGAAGCAAAUCGCCGAGGACAGUCACAAGAAUGUUGGUCGUGUCCUGAGACGCACCCGCCUUGCGGAUCAGCUGGAGCUCAAGCAGGUCACUGUGCCCAUAGGCGUCCUACUGGUCAUCUUCGAAUCCCGCCCAGACUCGCUGCCUCAAGUGGCCGCCUUGGCAAUGGCCUCGGCCAACGGACUGCUCCUCAAGGGGGGCAAGGAGGCGGCACACAGCAACAAGGCCCUUAUGGAGCUGGUCAAGGAGGCGCUGGCCACCGUGGGAGCGGAGCACGCCGUGUCACUGGUUUCCACGCGCGAGGAGAUCAGCGAUCUGCUGUCCAUGGAGAACCACAUCGACCUGAUCAUUCCGCGCGGCUCCUCCGACCUGGUGCGCAGCAUCCAGCAGCAGUCGCUGCACAUCCCCGUGCUGGGCCACGCCGAAGGCGUCUGCCACGUCUAUAUCGACAGGGAUGCGGAUCUGGAGAAGGCCCUGCGCAUUGCACGCGACGCCAAGUGCGAUUAUCCGGCUGCUUGCAACGCCAUGGAGACCCUGCUGAUCCACGAGGACCUGAUGAGUGGCGCAAUCUUCGGCGAUGUCUGCAACAUGCUGAAACGUGAGGGCGUCAAAAUCUAUGCCGGACCCCGGCUGAACCAGCAGCUGACAUUUGGCCCGCCGGCGGCCAAGAGCCUGAAGCACGAGUACGGCGCCCUCGAGUGCUGCAUCGAGGUUGUGCCCAGCCUGGACGAGGCCAUUAAUCACAUCCAUACGUACGGCAGCAGCCACACGGAUGUCAUUGUUACGGAAAAUGAUGCGGCGGCCAGGCAGUUCCUGGGCAGCGUGGACAGCGCCUGUGUGUUCCACAACGCCAGCUCCCGGUUUGCGGACGGUUUCCGGUUUGGCCUUGGUGCCGAGGUGGGCAUCUCCACUGCCCGGAUCCACGCCCGCGGGCCUGUGGGAGUGGAGGGGCUGCUGACCACCAAGUGGAUCCUCGAGGGGCAGGACCAUGCCGCCGCCGACUUCGCCGAGGGAGGUGGCCGCACGUGGCUGCACGAAACCCUGCCGCUGGACUAAAUAACCUUAAACUGAACUAUUCUUAGAUGUAGCAUACCGAAUCGCGUUCCAAAGUAGAGUGCACUUUCGUCAUCUUUUAGAGGAGUGCAUUUUGAGCGAAGGGUAAUUACGUGGGGAUAAGUGGAUCCGGAUCCGAAUCCCAAUGUGGAUGAGGGCGAGGACAAGGAUGUGCAGCUCCGAUGACAGCUGCCGUCGUGGCCACAUGGGAUAUAUUAAUUUGAGUGAAAAAUAUUUGCAGAGACAACUUGUGUAAUUAAUAAAGUAAGGGAGAGAAAGUGGGCGAAGGUUGUUCAAACUGUCAGCCCUUGUCUUGGGCCCUCAAAGUUUGCAGCGAAAGUUCCGCGCUGCAGAUGGGGGAUACAAGAAAAUAAAAUUAACUGGAAGAAAGCUGGAGAAAUUGCGCUUUAAGUUUCAAUCUCUCGAAAAUAUGAUGUACUUUAUAAACGGGUAUUCCUAUUACAAAUCAUAAAUUAGCCAUGGAACGUGCAAUCCAGCUAAGCAUAGUUCUGCCCCGCGGCUACUCGGAGGCGCCUCCAGCUUGGAAUGCAACCGCGUGGCAAGUAUUUUAAUUUUUCUGUGCACUGGAGCAAGUUUCUUAGGCCAGCUCAACACCCCUCGCUCCCUCUCUCCGCCCAGAAACUUUUCGCAUUGCGUGCUGGCCGGAGGAGGCGUGGAGGUGCCGCAGGUGGAGCUGUGGACGGGCAGGGCUUUGCCAUUUGGUUCUGCCACCAAAGGUGGCUCCUUCGUCCUGUCAACGCGCUAACUUUUUCGCCGAAUUUUCCUCUUGAAACUUCAAGCUAAAUUGAUGUUGGGGUCAGACAGCAAGGGUGCAAGGGAAAAUUGAGCAGUACCAAAAGCGCAGAAUGGAGGUAAAUCUGUCUAUAUUUACUUGAAGAAAUCUAUGUGUAAUCUAUUAAUAUACAACCGAAAAAUAACCAAAAUAUGAUUUCCAAAAGGGCACUCUUAUUUGUUGAUCGAAACAAGACCUUCUAAGAACUAAUUAAGACUUACUUAGCACUGAUUACAAAUACUAUCUGCCCACUUAAUUGAUCCGAUCCCAUGCCACAUUUAGCUGUGAACUGAAAAAGUUGCAAUAUAUCGAAGUAUUCAGAGCUCCUCCACCCCUGGAUGCGGUUAUCUACUGAGUCGGAGGAACCACAAGUCCCUGCUGGCGGGCAUUAUUUUUACCUCUUUCAACUACUCGACGCGCGUACGACCAAUGAUACGUGGUUGGUGUCCGUACCUGAUCCGCAAGGUGGUCACGUAAUGCUCCGCAGUUGGCGAGCACUUGGCAAAGUUAACGGGCCAAAGUUGGAGCUCAGAAGUUUGCUCCUUUGGGGAAUGCACUCGCUGCAGUAAAAGCAGAGUGCAUGCACCUCCUCGGAUGGGGCACACUUAAUUAGAAUAUCGGGCAUUAAUCUUAUGGCUAAUGCCACGAUGAGAUCGAGCGAUAUCGGUGGACAGGCGCAAAAUUGCUGUUGGCCGCAUGCACCGCUGCGCCAAACCCCCCAACCACUUUCCUUUGGGCUCACAGGGCUAUGUGCCGUGCAUAGCCGUACAAAAUUAUUUGAUUCUAUUUUUUCAAUUUGAUUUCAAUGAAAUCCACACGACAGCGUCAACAUUUAUAAGAUGUAUAAACGCAAGUGCUUUGGCUGCAUUUUUGAGUGUGACAACAUUCGGGCCACACCAUCUAUGGACUGAGUGGGGGCCCAGAAGAGCAUUGGCACCAAUUUCUCUUACUCGAGCAGGGAAAAGCUGCCUACAAGACCAAGAUAAAGAACUUGGGGGAAAGGCUGGCCACUACAUUGCAUUGUUCACGGGUUGUUCUUGUUGCUGCGCCGCCGUUUUGCGGGGGUUUAUUUAUAUAAAAACUUAAAAAUAUAUCUACAGAUGCCUAUACAAGUCCUGGCGCAUAUUUCGAUAUGUUCUCUCCUCUGUUCUUUGUCGAAGUCAUAGCAAAGUUGGCAGCCAGACAUAAUUUAGCGAAAACGAAAUGAAACUAAGUGAUAAAUGGUAUUUGGGAAUGGAGCAAAUUGAAUACUCUGAACGAACGCAAAAUCCCGAUAAUGCUCUGACUAAUACGACUUAGGGCCUGAUGGAAAUAAAUUAUUCUAUCAAAAAACGGAGAGCCUAUUGUCAGAGCUUAAAUCGAAGCUCGUUAGAUAAAUCCAUUUGUUAGCUUUGGCUUAACACAUUCUGUCAUUUGAUGC